AGCGGCCACAGAGGUGUGGGUGUGCUGGGCCGGGGGCAGCUGGGUGUGGCGUGAGUGGGACCGCCCAGUCGGGGCAACUGCAGUGCAGCCAGAUAGGGUCUGGACUUUACGCAAAGGGACAGGCGGGAACUGAAGAGCUGAGGUGGGAACUGGGAGGGAGGGAAGGUAUGGGGGUGAGCAAAGGGGCGGGGCCCUGGCUGCUGUGGCCUCCCCUGACCCCCUCCCCCCGCUGCUGGGGUCCUCGGCCAAGCCCCCUUCUCACUGGACUGUCGGUCGGUCGGGGUCUGUGCCCACAGAAACAUGAGGCUGAGCUGGGUCCGGGUCCUGACAGUACUGUCCAUCUGCCUGAGCGCCGUGGCCACGGCCACGGGGGCCGAGGGCAAAAGGAAGCUGCAGAUCGGGGUCAAGAAGCGGGUGGACCACUGUCCCAUCAAAUCGCGUAAAGGGGAUGUCCUGCACAUGCACUACACGGGGAAGCUGGAAGAUGGGACAGAGUUUGACAGCAGCCUGCCCCAGAACCAGCCCUUUGUCUUCUCCCUUGGCACAGGCCAGGUCAUCAAGGGCUGGGACCAGGGGCUGCUGGGGAUGUGUGAGGGGGAGAAGCGCAAGCUGGUGAUCCCAUCCGAGCUGGGGUAUGGAGAGCGGGGAGCUCCCCCAAAGAUUCCAGGUGGUGCAACCCUGGUGUUCGAGGUGGAGCUGCUCAAAAUCGAGCGACGAUCUGAGCUGUAACCAGACUGGGGAGGGGUAGAGGGAGGGGCCCCCAUCAGGGACCAGACUGUUCC